AUGCCAUUCUUCAAAGAGCUCCGCAGACGAUCAAGAGCGAGUUUUCGUACCUCCGAUUCUUCGACCGAGACCAAUAGUACAGUGACGACUGCCAAAUCAUCAUCUACACUCAAUUCCGCCCAAGGGAGUGCCACUCCCCCCUCGACAUACCAUGGCAAUGGCUCAGCAUCCAAUGUCGCUACUGCUGCAAAGAGCAAUGGCGACAUUCCUCCCCCAAUCCCUCAGCGCCCCAACGUAGCCGUUCCCAACUCAAGCCGGAACAGUAUGAUAACGCUGUCCCCCUCCGGGUCGAACCUCACAAUGCGGAGUCCACUUCCCAGUUCUGCAUAUGCACCCAAGAUUACAUCUAUACUAGACAAUUCAGUGGUUUAUCAAAAGGUCCUUCUCAUAAAUGGAGAGAUCGGCGACCCUCAAUCCAAGUUGCUGGAUGGGAAUCUCACCGUUCACCACGACAAAGACGGCCACGCUUUCCCGCCGACGAAUUGGCCCGUUUCUGAUUCAUAUUUCAAGGCUUUAGUUUUUCUCUCCCCUGGUUGGAACAGGUUACGGUUCGACUUUACCUCCCCAAAGCUAAGCUCAACAACCAACCCCGCCAAUCCUACGUUGCAUUCUUCCUACAUCAUGUUGAACUAUCUUCCAUUGAGCAACACCCCGCCCUUGCAGUUGGUGGUACUGGCGGGUAAGGAUUCUCCCUGCACGUUUGAUGCCGUGCCACAAAGAGUCCAGAAUGAGGGCAACGACCUCAGCAUCGCUAUCCGCAAAUUUAGGAUGGCUGCUCAUCUGUGGCAAGCAUUUACAGCCGAGCAGAUGUACAGAAACAAGUUUGGCCGGAGAUGCUUCCGUUUUGAAGAGGAAUGGCAGACAGGUACCCUGUCAAUACGUGACUGGGAAAUGGGAAGAAUGAAGAAUGAAGCAAGGGUUCACCUGGUACGAACAGAAAAGACCACGGCCGAGUUGCGAAACCUGGACUAUGCACAACAGCAUGGUCCCGCAUCUCAGAAGGGUGAGCUCUUCUCAAUCGCCUCAGAUGCGAUCAAGAAAUAUUUCAACAUCAAACCUGGACAGAAGCAAUAUGUCGCGUGUCUUCUCUUGGAUUCUCACUGGGACCCAGAGAUCGGCACUGUUACCGCGCAUGCCGCACUUGGAGGCGGCAGCGACGAUCUAGGUUUGGCCAUUUUCGGCUCUCAUGCCCUCCAGAGCUACCCAGCUUGCAUCGAGGAGGUAGUCCCUGCUUUCACAGACUGCACUCGGACUGAUACCAAGUUCGUGGCUAAUGAUUGUAACGAAUCCGGCAGUAGCUGGGAGGCCGCCAAUAUUGGCAUUGGUGCUCACAUGCAUGAAGUUGGUCAUUUAUUCGGCUGUCCUCACCAAGAGAAUGGAGUCAUGCUUCGAGACUACGUCAGACUGAAUCGGACUUUCUUGGUUCGAGAACCGUAUGCGACGAGAACACAGUCUCAGGGGCUCAAAAUAUGUCGACAAGAGGACGAGUGUACGUGGCAUCGACUGGACGUCCUGCGAUUCAGACAUCAUCCCUGUUUCAAGCUCCCAAGCGACGAGCCACUCUCUCAAGAUGACGGUAUUCAGUACUUCCCAAUCGACAAUGGCAGACUCAUUGUCUCUGCCUCAACCGGAGUGUCAUUUGUCGAAAUCUGGACUGAUGGAGAUGACUUGUGCCGACAGUGGAUUGAUUUCAAUAGCAACGACCCACGAUACAACAGCCUUCCACGGCAAGUAACUCUGACCGAGAGUGAGAUACGUGGUCGGCUACCCGAGGACAAAAGAAAGGCGAAACUUACGUUACAGAUUUUCUGUGGCAGUUCCAGAAGUGAGAAAAUUGAAAACCUAGAAGAUUUGCUUUCCAAGAAGAAUGUUGUCGCACUUCCUCCUAUUCGACAGGCACCAAAACGAGAUGAAGGCCUUACGAUGAACGCAGUGAACAAUGUCAUGGGACUUGGCAAGUCGUUUGAUUCUCGUCUUGGUUUCAAGAGCAAGAAGUUGGGCUUCUCGCAGCUUGAAGGCUCGAAAGCUGAGGAUCUCAUUCUGGAAAGCACAUAUUUUCAGUCAAAACUCUUGACAUCUGUGAAAGUAUAUCACGGCUACGCUCUGGAUGGGAUUGAAUUCUGUUUUGAGGAUGGACAUACCCAAUUACUUGGAAAACGCGGUGGCAAACCAGGGGGGGAUGAGUUUUUGCUUGAAGACACUCGGCGCGGCGAAACAAUCCUCGGUUUUUAUGUACGCGCUGGUCUCUGGAUUGAUGGCAUUGAAAUCCUGACAAGCACUGGGCGGCGAUCCGGCGUCUUUGGGAACCCGGUUGGAGGCUCUGGGCACACGUUGAUGGCUCCACGCGGGUAUAGCAUUGCAGGAAUAUCAGGCACAUCUGCUGCAUGGAUAGAUGGAUUCCAGAUUAUCAUCUCACGGUAA